AUGUCUAAAAUUCCUGAUAAUGUAUUAAAAAAGUUUGUUAGUGAAAUAGAAGCACAAGCUAUUACUUCUCAAAAACAAAUUACACUUAGUCGAGCAGAACGUCAAAAUAAAGAAAAAGAAAAAAAAAUAGCAGAAUUGAUAUCAAAAGAAGUAUCAAGUCUUAAAAGUGGUACAAAUGUGUAUAGUGCUAUUGGAAAAGCCUUUAUAAAGGAAGAUAUAAAUCAAAUACAGGAAAAACUAGCAACACAAAUUAAAGAGAUAAAUAAUGAAAUUGAUACCCUCGAUAAAAAAAUUUUAUAUCAUGAAACAACUCUUGCAAAUACACAGCCACAUAUUCAACGUAUCAUUAACGGUUAA